AUGUCUGCUAUUUCGAAUAUCUUCGGGAAAAGCGAUAAAAUACAAUGUACACUUUACUGCAAACAAAGGACAUUGCAGAUAAUCAGCUUAAAAAAAGAUGACGAAAAUACAGAAACAGGAACUUCAGGAGACGAAGGAUGUAACGCGUGUCUGGUACGAACGAAAGGACAUGAUAAUAAUAAGAAAACUAAAGCUUGCGCUUUAUCACUUCCGGAAGAAUCUCCACUAAGAAUGCAGGUUAUUGUGGAAUUGGAGCCAAAAAUAUACUCGAUACCCUCGCUCCGGAAAUCAUAUGAAACGCAUUUCAUAUUCGUAGUUGAUUUUGACGUUUUCACUGAAUUUGAGUCAGUGUUUCAAGAAAUUAAAACAGAUGAUCAUAUUUCUCUUCUUAUUUCUGAUGAAAAGCCGGAACUACGAAUCGCUAAGGAGUAUAAGAUAGCUUGUGAACUUGGCAGUGAACCUGUUUAUCUGUUUAAUAUUGAAGACGAAGAAAACAGCAAAACGCAGAUAAAUCCUAACAUGAAGGAUAAUUCAAAAAAUAACGAAAGUCUCGCUAGCAAUAUGCUUGCACAAAUCAAGAAAAAAAUGGAGAAUGUGAAGUCUUCUGAUUUCUUAAAGAAUAUACGUGUCAGACUUCUGGCCAAAUCCGACCUGGGAGUGUAUUUCUGUUACACAAAUCCAAAAUUUGUGAAGAAAAAAGGAGUGAAAUACACGUCUAUAAACAACCUUCAAUAUGAGAAAAACAAAUCAUGGAAACAACAACAAAAGUCGAAUGAAGACGAACAAAGCAAUAUGAAUAGAAAAAAAGAUUAUCUCAGAAUACAUAAAAGUCGGAAUUAUUCAACAGAGAUCGAAGUUUUUAAUCAUUUUUUAAAGAUUGGAGAAAAAAUGUGCUUUGCAUUCAAUUUAGAGCUAAUUGGACCCAACAUAAAGGACGUUAUGCACAGAGAAAUCGUGGACAUUAAGAUUGAUUUUUUGGAUACACAACAACAGGCACAAACAGCAUUACAUUCCAUAAAGAUGUUCAUACCGAAUGAAUGGCGACGUGUUUUCAAGAGCAAAAAUCCCGACGUUGAUGAAUACAGCAAUGUUGAUGUUUCAUGCAAAUUGAUCGAUGGACCUCCAGCUUUCGCACCUACUUCUGAACACGAAGCGUCAACUUCUGAACCAGUGGUACCCAGCUCACACGAAGAAAGUAUAACUGAUAUUGAUGAUGUUAGUCUUUCAGUUUACGUAACGAAGAAACUUCUUUUGUCUGACGCAAAUUCUCAUCACGAAAACGAAUCGCCGUCUACAGCGAAGAUGAAAAUAAAAAUGGCUCUCAAUCUCAGGCAAAACUGUACAAACUCGAGAGACAUUGAAAUACUUAUCACGCCAACUGAGAACAACGUCAGUCUAUCACAUGCGUAUCCUAGAACGAAUAUUUGUGAAGAUUGUAACUUAUUCGGAAAAUGUUUUUGCAAAAAUAACGUGGAAGUGUUCCAAACUGAGCACUUGGAAAAGGUUAAAGGAAGAAACAACCGAGAAAUCCUUUUUCGUUGGACAGUCGAUAAAACUUGCGCUACGGAUAAAGACUUGUGUGGAGAGUUUUACCUAGACUUAAAGAAAAACAAAAAUGAAAAUUUUCAUGACCACGAGGUUGCAAAAAUUGAGAUCAUUUACGGGAAAGAGUUGACUACUGAGUAUUCGCUGUGUGUCUCCCAUUUUGAUCUAUUAUACCAUGUCAAAAAAUCACACCAUAGAAUUCAAAUUUUGAGCUCUGUAAGGUACUUCAUUUCUCCAACUGAUAAUCAAACGCGAAAGGCAUGGGCCGAUUCGGUCAAAUAUAUGUUCGAUGUUGAAAAAGUGAAUGCAUUAGGAUUUCAUACAUUAAAGGGAUUUGUAGAAAAUCAGAACAAACACGCUGAAGGAGAGAGAAAAAGAAUAAUUGAAAAUUUGAAAGAAAUUCGCAAGAUUUCCACAUGUUGGAAUAAGGAGGAUGUUUGGGGGAAAAUGUUCAAGAAAUCUUUGGAAAUAUUAGCGAAAUAUGAACUCAAGCAAAGGGAAUCUUUCCAAAAAUUACAACAUGUACUACGGUCAGUAGAUCAAGAACAGAUUAUGUCAGAAGAUGAAUUUCAAACAAAUUUUAUACAAGCAAAGAUGGAAUUUGUAACAUACAAGGCUCUGAGUGGAGCUAUUAUUGAUAGUAAUGACGAAAAAUCUAAUACGAGAGAUUCGGGCCACAUCGUAGAUAUCGGGAUAAAAGAACUAAAAUCGAUUGGAAAGGACAUUAUGGGAUGGCUGCUCAAAAACAAGAAUGUGGAAAUGUCACUUUUCAAUGCCCAUGGAAAAUCUAUUUCCGAUAUUGAAGAGGCAACGAGGAUUGUAUGCUAUGAAGAAAGAAGUGGUGUACACAUACUAAAAUAUUUCAAUUUCCUCACAUUGAAAAAACUGUACCUAAAAAUAGCAGAGAUAUGGCAUGAGGAACUCAACCUGAAAGAAGCAAUUUACUACAGAGAUAAGAGAGAAAACAAAGAGCAAAAUAUUCAGCAAACUCUGGAAAAAGAUAGAAAUGACUGUUUGAAAAUGCUAGGAUGUGGAACAGCAAACCAUCGUGAAAGGAAGGAAAUGAAGGGCAAAUGGGAGAAAGAGUUAGAAAUUUUCAGAACAAAACUACAAAACGACACAGACAAAAGUGAUACAGAAGGAAUUCUACAAUUUUUACGAUGUCAAUGCUGGGAAGAAGUUGAAGCUCUGUACACAAAAGCAAUAAUAAGAAAGAAAACCCUUCUUCUUUUUGCAGUCGUGAGCCAAUGUCGGGAUACCUCAGAAAAUUUGGAAAGCCUGAAUCGUGCUACGAAUGAAAUUGAUAAAACAAUGGGAAAUUUUGUUAAAAAAUUACUUGACAUGGCUAAAAAAACAGAAGUGAAACAUACUUGGGAAAAUUUUGAAAACACGUUGUUGAAAACUACUGACGUCAAAUACGAUAAAGAAAAUCUUCAAGCGCAAUAUGCACUGACUCAAAUAAAGUACGAAGCAUAUAAGAACUUGAAAACGCUCAACUUGUUUCAGACGGAAACCUCUUACAGGAGAAAACUGUUAUUGAACAGUGCUAAAACGAAUUUUGACAUAAUUACCAAGACGGUUAGAGCAAACCACUUUGAAUGGCUUGAUGAACAAAUUGAAGAAGUCAAGAAGCGAUGGGUCGACGUUAUGAAUGAAGCACUUUCUAUCCUGUUUGAGUCUAAGGAUAAUACAAAUGACAAAAAUGAAACUGCAUCAACAGCAGAUAAACGGGAAAGUUAUAAUCCGAAAAAGCUGUCGGAAUUUGUAAGCCAAUGCUUACAAGAACAAGAAUUAUCACCGAUAGAACCUGCCAGUGGACAAGUCAAUUACAUUACCGAUAAAACGUUUCCCAGCGUGUGGAUAGAAAAAUGGAUGCCUGAAGUGAAGGGCGCUUUGGAGGAGCUUGAAAGCCGCCUAAAAAAAGAAAACAUUGAAUCAUCUCCGGAUGAAAUAAUAACGUUUGUUCGUGAUCAAAAAGCAAAGUUAGAAAAAUACUCUAAAGAACUGUUGGAUGGAUACACCACAUCGAAAGAUAUCGAAAAAGAAGUGAAUGAAUGGGAAACAAUAUUCAGAGAAAUAAGGAAUAAUGUUGAAUAUGGCUGUGAGAAUCUUAAGCAACAAGAUCACGAGUUGUCCAAGAUGAUUGUUGAAUUGGAAUCCAGAUAUCGGAAUCUUAGAAUGUCUGUGUAUAACUACUACCCGUGUCCUCCAUGUUUCAUUGAUCAUCCCAAACAAAACCUACCACGGGUAUCUAACAGCGAACCUCUUAUGGAAGACAUUCUGAAAACAUUUAAACCAUUUGAAGAUCGAAUUCACAUGGCGAUGGAAUGCAAUGACUCAAUAAAAUUGCGCAGCAUAAAGCGAGAACUACAGAGAAAGAGCAUAAGCAAUAAAUUUGAAAAAAGAAUACGUAACAUGUUAAUACGCCUAGUAGACGCAUUCAACAUCCUACUUGAAUACAAAAGUACGGGGAACGAAGAGACGUUAAUCACUUUCAUGGCUUUGUUUGGGCAAUUGCAACAAGAAAUUGGAGCCGACAAACUUUUUGAAAAACAUUAUCCGCAGUCAUUCGAAAACAAAAUCUUCUGUUUGAAAAACAACAUUGUUCGAGAUGAAAAAAUAGAAGAACUAACGGACGAAACAAACGAGAUCGAUGAUGUCGCCCAGGAAAGUCCAUCAACGUUAAAACAAAAUACUAACGAUGACGAUGUGACUGAAGAUCCACGAGAAUCUAACAAUGUUCCAGAAUCAGAACCCGUUACUGAAAUCGAAGUAAAGUGUGACCACUUGGAAAAAAGUUGGUUAAGAAUAAAAGUAAUUCUUUUACUCAAUGUCUCGCCAAAGAACGAAGAAAAAAUAAAAAAGGCGGUAAAUAAUGCCGACAAAAUUUUGGACGAUUUACGUGAAGGCAAUGUAAAAUUGAAGAAUGAGAUCGAAAAAUAUUCUUCCGACGCUAAAAAAAGAUUGGAUGAGUAUAGAGCUAUCAAAUUAGAUAUGGAAAACAGAUUAAAACAAUCGGAAGAAAACUUACCACAAAAAUUGUUUUCGAGACACCCGGCUAACUACAAGCAUAUUUGUGCAUGGCUUGAGGAUAUUACAGAAUUCAAAGAGAAAGCUCUUGAAUUUGGAGUCCUUACUGAGAAAUACAAAACCCGUAUUAAAGAAGCUUGUAAAGCUAAGGCUUCUUUGGAAAAGGCUAAACAGACUUUAUUAGAGCAGGUUACAGGAAUAUUGCCAGUUAUUGGCGAAGCUAGAAUGAAGCCGGAAUAUUUCGAGGACGUGCAAAAGGGCAUAAAAGAUAUGAAAAGUGCUUUGGCACUUCUCAAAACAUUUUCAACCGUUCUGACAACAAGUGACCAAUUGUUUGUAUCAGAUGUAAAACGGAGAUUAAAUAUGGUAAUUUCUGAAAUAAGAUCAUCGAAAAGCAUUCGAAAAAAUUUGAAAAGUGCGUUGAAAAGUCUGAAUAUUCAGAAAAUUGAAGACGCUAUAACUGAAGCACGUCGAGCUGUAUUUAUCGGAAACAAUGAGAUCAAAGAGGCUGAAAAGCAACUUGAAUUGUUGAAAAAGAGGAAACGUCAAAAAAGUGAUAAUUCAAUCCAACCGCUUUCGUCACGAUUAAACAAAAACACCCAAACAAACUGUUGUGAAACUCCCGAUUCAUCAAGCAUCUAUAGUGAAAUUGAUGGAAUAGGCGACGAAAGCAGUUUGUCCGAAAGCGAUUACGUUUCUUCGAGCGAUUCUCAAAAGCUUCGAUUGAAAGAAAUUGCUGCAAAGAUAUCAAGGUCGACUACAAUGGAAAUUUGUUCGUACAAUAAACCUCUUCGUCCAAUCCACGAUAUAAUGAUUGUUGUUUACCUUCUUCUCGGGGAAGAGGAAAUAUGGUUGGAAAACUGGGAAAAUAUCAGGACACUUAUGCGCUCUGAAGGAAGAAAAUCCUUCAACUACCGAUCAAAACACUUCAAUGUAGAAAAAAUUUCGGAAACUAAUUUACAAUUAGCACAGAAAAAAAUCAGGAAGCUGAAUUUACAGUAUUCAGUCGAUAUGAGUCAAGCUGGGGCCCUAUAUUACGCUUGGGCCAAAACAGCCCUAAACAGAGCUUGGGAUUUAGACACUGAUACAGAGGAACCCUGCAAGUCAUUACUUCAAUUACAUGGAAUCGACCGUCACUUUUCCAUGUCCUAAGUACAAAGGUUUCCAUAUAACAAUAUUUCUCCAC